AUGGUGAAGAGAAAGACACAAAGUGGAGAUGAUCUUGAGGGAGAUCAAUCAGUCCCUCUGCCAAUCCAAACAUUCUUUUGGAGGCAGACUAGUCCCUUCAUCAGACCAAAACAAGGAAAACUCUGUGAGGCCUCUUGUGUGUCCUUUGAACGUGUGGUGGUUCAGAAUAUUUUGCAUGGCCUGUCACCAAGUUUGUGUGAGGCUGUACAGAGUGUAUCCAGGUGGAAAGUUGUCCAGGCUGCCUUUCCACACUUGAUGCAUGCCUGUGCUUCUCUUGUGGCUGCUUGCAAAAAGGGAAAGCAAGACAACCGUUUUGGCCCUAGUGAGACCAAACUACUCUACACCCUUCACUGGAUCAUCCUUGAUGCUGCUUCAGAAUGUGAGGAUGCUGAUGCAGAGUUUUUGGCCGCUAGGGACACGAAAGGAAGCAUACUUCAUUUGCACUCUUUGAGCACUAUACAACUCUUUGUCUAUUUGUUUGCUCCUCUGGUUCAUUUAAUGAAGGAUUCUGACUUUGAAUCCUUGAAGCUGGAAAAUGGUCUUCGCCUGUGGCAGCCCUUAUGGGAGUACCAGCAGCCAGAUAUACCUUGCUUUUCCACUCCUGUGAAACCACAGAGAUGCAUGCUGCGUGCUCAGAGGUCACAGCUCAAGGUUAAUACAAACGCUGCCAAUAUCUAUGUUGGAAAAGGUACAUCAAGAGAAAAUCUGAUGUUUCUCUAUGAUGAUUCAACAAGUCGGCAUAGUGUUGAGGAGGACAAUCCUCCCAACGCUCCUCUAGCAAGAAUGAGUGACAUAUGCACUCUGUCUACAGCAGACUCACAGACUGCAACCAUGGAAGUCAUCUGUGAGAACUGUAACACCGUCAUGCCAAUAAAGGGUACAGAAGGUGGACUGACAUGCCGCUGUGGCCGCAGAGACACGCUGGUGGCAUUCCUGCCUGAUUCCAACAAUUAUGCCUUCUUGAAGCUGGCCUCAUCUGUAGACAAAGAUUACGUCAAGCAAAAGCUAGCCUCGGCUGUCACCAGCGGUACAAGGGGUCCUGGCACAGUCGACAUUCUUAGUGCUAGCUACUUGGAUGUGGCUGUGCUGAGGUGUCUGUUCUGUUUGAGCUGGUCAGAGGAUGGCAUUUACUGGGCUCUCAGGUAUAUGCAUCAGAGAAUGCUUGAAGUCUGUCGUGAAACUGAAAACAUGGACUCCAAGGAACGCACCCGUAGCUGCUCCUUACCUAUUCCUGACCUGAAUGUUCUGAUGGGCACCAGCAAACCUUGCACCCCAGCAGACCCAUUGUCUGGACCGCCCACCCCUACUGGACUCCACCCAGAGACUCGAAGCCCAAUCAGACAUGUUCCAGGACUAGAGAUGCGCAGGCCUGCCAUGACUGGAGCUGGAGCCUUUCCUAUACCAGAGCUUCGCAAGGAACCACCCUUCAAAAAAAUCCGUGUAUUAACUGUUGACAAUUUUCUGCAUUGUGGUUUUUCUGUCAGUAUUUUAUCUGAUUGUAUAUGUGUUUUAUGUUUAUUGUUGAGUCAUUUGACCCGAUGUUGCUACAUUUAUUGUUAUAAGGUAACAUUAUUCCAGUUUGUAUUUGUUGGUAUAUACAAGAAUAACAUUUGCUUUCCUUGUCAUCCCAGCGGAUCAUGUAGAAAAAGCCUACCAGCUUUGAGCCAGCAAGACAAGGACUCCAUGGGCAGCAGUAGUCAGUGCAGUGGUCAGGAUUCAUCUACAUCCUCCCAGGCCGACCUCCAUGGCAGAGGUCACAAUGUCUACUCUGGUGAAAGAGAAGGCAUCAGACGGCCUAUCAUACGCAUCACUGAGCACAGUCCAGACAGUAAAGGCAUAUCAGGCAGUAACAAAUCUGCAACAAGUGGAUCCAACAUGAACCUGCAUGCUGCCACUAGUCAUGAUGGUUAUGGUAAAUAUGUUGGUGAUUCCACAGAUGAGCUUCUAUGUUCAUCAACUCUGCCACGGAGCUUCACAGAUUCAAACAUAGCCUACAAGCAGGAGAAUGAAGUCGCUGAGGUGUCUGGCUCCAAAUACUACAUUCAGGAGAAUGGACAUAUAAACUACAAGGUUGUCUUGAGAGCCAUACACUUUGUGGCUAUGAAGGAGCAUGCACCACGGAUUUGUGAGGUCCUGAUGAACCUGCUUAACUGUCUCCUAGACCUGGACAUUAUCGAAUCGACGGACAUCAUGACGCCAUCUACCGCAGGCACUCCUGUGUCAGUUACAGCAUCUGGGAAGCUGGGCCCACUGAAUCACUCAGCAGCCAGCUCAGCGGCAGGGACCCCAGAGGUAAUGUUAUUACAUGUAUUUAUAUUCCAUAUACACAGAAUAUACAAGGCCUUGGGAUGUCCCCAUGGUUGUGGAGAUGGAGUUGUUGGCGUACAGGGGGAUCACUUGCGAAUGAAGGGUCAGAACUGCCUGCAGCGCUUGCACAAGAUCAAUCCUUUCAUGUUUCACAAAUUCUUGAGAGACACCGUGAAAAAGCGACCUCUGCAAGAAACUAUUGAUUUUCUGCAUGCUUUCUUGGGCUUUUGUUUUGACCCCACAACACUUGUGCAGUCUCCUAU